CACCUCACGCACUAUUGGCGCUUUCACAAGGACAAUCCGUCAACCUGUCUGUCAACUAUUGAGGCAAUAUACUACUGCUGUGUCGAGUACUUCCGAGCCACUCACAACCCCGUACAUACCCCAUACGAUGGGCGGUACGAUAACUUGUUAUUCUAUAUCUCAUUUUUUCAUCAACAAAUGCGUGACCUGAUCACUACCCAAGGAAAGUCAUUUCAAGCGUUUUUGGCUCGCGAAUCAACGCACUGCGAGCCUUCUUUGUAA